UGUAAUAUGCCUGAAGCUCCUCCACCAUGUCUGAGCCAGAGGCAAGACUUCGGAGAGGCUGAAGUUCAAAGACACUGCUGAGAGAUUGGCUCAGUUUCACCCUGCCAUCUGCAGUCGGCCUGUUUCGGUGGCAGAAGAGGCCACAUGUGCUUUCUGUAGGCCCCCUGGGCAGAAGCAUGCAGUGGUGUCUUCUCCUGAUCUGGGCCCAGGGGCUGAGGCAGGCUCCCCUCCUUGCCUCAGGAGCUGUGACAGGCAGAAUAGUAACUGUGGGGAACAUUUCUGCAGAGGAAGGUGGCUCUGUCAACUUACAAUGUCACCUCUCCUUCACCACUGCCGCAGUGACUCAGGUCAACUGGGAGCAGCAGGACAAACUUUUGGCCAUUCAUCAUGCUAAGAUGGGGUGGCACACCUCCCCAGCCUUCAGGGAGCGAGUGGUCCCCGGCUCUGACCUGAGCCUCACCCUCCAUUCGCUGACUGCGAACGACACAGGGGAGUACUUCUGCAUCUAUUACACCUUCCCCGAUGGGAUGUACAAAGGGAGACUCUUCCUGAAGGUCCUGCUAAACUCAGAGGCUGAGCACAGCUCUAGGUUCCUGACCCCACUACUCGGAGCCACAGCGCUAGUCAUUAUCUGCAUAGCGGUCAUCGCGGCGAUUGCAUUGGCCAGAAAGAAGAAAUUUCUCAGAACCCAUUCUGUAGAAAGUGACCUCAGGAGACCGGCAUCUGCACAGGAGGAGUGGGGCCCCAGUAUGCUGUCACCCCAUGGAAGCUGUGUCCAGGUGGAAGUUGUGCCUGCAGGUCUUUACAGAGAGCAGAGGGGAGAUGACUAUGCUGAGCAGCAUGACUACUUCAACGUCCUGAGUUAUAGAAGCCUCGGGAGCCUCAGCUUCCCAGCAGAGAUGGAUUAGCUACCAGAGGCAUCUUCUGGGAGACGCAGACUGUCUUUGCUAUUACAAAUGGAUGUAUAAGCAUCUUCACUGUCCAUCGGUGCUCUGUGUGUGUGUAUGUGUGUGUGUGUGUGUGUGUGUGUGUGUGUGUGUUCAGUUGAGUGAAUGAAUGUCAUCCUCUUCUCUGUCUGCGUUUCCUGUACCCUUUCCUUCCAUUCCAUUAUGGUAGACCUGGGGUGAGC